GUGAUGAAGAUGCUGCUCAGCCUGCUCCUCCUCCUCGCCUGUCUGAAUGAGCUCGUCCAGAGCCGAGCUUUGCACCUGGACAGCUGCUCUGUCAAUGUUCACACACAUGAGCUGCGAAAAUAUUACUCGACAAUAAGAUCAAAUGCGAUAGCAGGAGAUAGUGAGGUCGGAGUGAAGCUCCUGGAAAAAUCAUUGAUCAAAAAUGUUCAGGACGGUCAGACGUGCUGCUUCCUGCAUCUCGUGCUGCGUUUCUACGUUGAGAGAGUGUUCAGCAACUACGCCUCUUCUGAGCCACAGGAUCAGAGCUGCUCCAGCGCCCUGGCCAACGCUUUUGUCAGCAUCAGGAGGGACAUACAUAAAUGUCACUGCCAAUGUUCAGAGGACACACAGAGGAAAGUGGACUCGCUGCAUGCUGAGUUUAUCAAGCUUGAAAUAAGCCAGGCAGCACAGAAGGCUGUGGGAGAGCUGGACACCGUGCUGGAGUGGCUGGAGGGACUCAAAACGCUCAGAUGAUCAGACGGACACCGUGUGAAAUCACACUGCGAUCCCAAAGUGCCCUGAGCUCAUAAAGUAACUCCCGAUCUGACAGGAAGCAGAGAGGAGGAUGGGAAAUAUUCUUUUUUUUUUCUGUGCCAUUAUGCAUUUCUCUAUUUUGCACUUGAAUGAAUUUAACGUGUGUGCAUGUUAUCCACUAGUAUGUACUAAAUGUUUUUGAUGCUGUGUUUAUAAUUCAUAUGACUUAAAAUAUUUAUAUUUAUCAGGAGCAGACAGCUGUCGAGGCUUUUCAUGUGUGUUUAAGAUUAUUAUGCAGAUUAUAGAUAUUGUUCAAUGUCAUCUUCUCAAUUUGAACAGUGCUUUGAUUUAAACUUUUUUAACUUGGAAUGUUUUUAAUUUCAACAUCAAUGAAAUAAAAACUCUUGCCUUGCCUGCAAACUUUGGGUGUUUUCUUUAACACAAACACAUGAUGACUGCUGAUUGGACGCAGCAGCAGCAGCAGCAGCAGCAGCAGCAGCAGCUGGGUUGGUUGAGGCUUCCUAAACUGAGUCUGAGUUACAAGAAGUCUGGCACAAUAAUGACUUUUUUGCUGAUUCGAAUUUACUGGAUCAUCUGCUUCCUCUAACUCACAAAUCAGUGACCUAAAAAAAAUCAAAGAACAGAAGAUUCUCAUACUCUGAUAUAACAUGCCACAGUCUCACUUCCUGUCUUUCGAAACUUGACAUGUCAUCAGUUUCUUGUUUUUUUUUUUUUUGUUUUUUUUUUUGUUUUUUUCAGUUUCAGGAAAUAAUUGUUCUGCGUCUUGACAGACAGGAUUAGUAAUACUGAACCAGUGGCGGAGGAAGUACCGAGCUACUGUACUUCAAGUAAAAGUACAUACAACAAUGUAAACGUACUCUGUUACAGUGUAAGUCCUGCAUUUAAUACCUUACUUAGAUGCAAAGUAUGGAUCUAUUAUCAGCAAAUUGUAGUAAAAGCAGAGGUGGCAAAAGUACACACAUUCCUUACUCAAGUAGAAGUACAGAUGCUUGAGUGAUGAUAGAUGAUUCUACCACUCGCUAACUGAA